AUGCUCAGCGGACAAGGAAAUUCAGGUCACGAUUCCAGUCCUAGCCCCCUUGAUGUGACAGUUGUUCCAACUGAGGUCAUAACUGACCUUAAAACUGACGUCACGACCAAAGCGACCGAAACGGUGCAAGAUGGCACCGAAUCGCCGACUCCUCUGACCGAUGGGAACUCUCUAUCCACGCAGGUUGUCCAAGACACGACAACUGCAAUCGAUGCGAUUUCUUCAAAAGCUGAAGCUACUUCAGCAUCUUCAACAGCAACGCCCACGACGACAAAAACCACGCCUAGGACUACAACAACCACACCCUCAACGACGACGACAACAACAACAACAACCACAACCACAGGCCUGGUGCACAGAAAGUGCGACGACGCCCUGCCCUUCAUCUGCCAGUAUUCCGUCGACUGCCCAAAGCUCUGCAUCAAAGACGACUCCUUAUUCGACUCCUCAGGAAAUUUGAAAGAGAAAAAAUCCUACGGAAUUUGGUUUGACAUCGGCACCUACACCUAUCUCUUGGGAAACAAGCCAAUGGCGUGGUUGGACAGCUACCGCCAGUGUUGCGCUUUGGGAAUGGAGACGCUCAACAUCGACAACGCAGCUGAGCAAUUGGGCCUUACUGCCCUGGCCAGCACAAAUAAAGCCAACUGGACUGCGAAUUUCAAUUACUGGACCAGUGGCACGUGGAAAGGGGCGCCUGUGAAGCAGUGGUCGUGGUGCGAUCCCAAUGGACCUAAAGUUUUCGCAAAGGGUCUUGUUUGGGAAUCCUAUCAGCCCGACAAUAAAGGAGGAAACGAGAGCUGCGUGCAUUUCCGCUUUACUUUGAAUAGAACGGGCACCAUCUUGACGGACCGCAAUUGUGCAAACAAAUAUAUAUUCGCUUGCAAGGUAUAG